AUGCCUCCUACACCUUCUAUAAUCCUGACGCCGGCUUCGUCCUCUUCUCCCGAGCAGGCUCGCAACGUUCCUCUUCUGAAUCCUCACACCACAACGGCUCGACGCCCUUCCACUGAGAACAUCACCAAUCAAUACCGCAACCGCUACGCCCUCUACCUCGCUGCUCAGUUCAACAUUAGCGCCGCCGCCGCCUUUGUUGAGAUCGACGAGCAGAUCCGCUUCAACCAGUCCAGGAAGUCUUCCGCAGUUUCCGAGGCUGACGUCCGGGAUGUUCGAACUGGUGGUGGCUUUUAG